GUAAUCGUCAAUCAUCGUGGAAGAAGGAUUAUCAAGAGAGAGGAUAAUGAAGGGGCAAAUGAUUUGGAUUUCAAGCGUAUUUUGAGUUAUGAUGGCAAAGUUUUCUACGAUCGAAUCGUUGAGGCCACGGAAGGAUUUGACUCCAAGUACUAUGUGGGUGAAGGAGCAUAUGGAAUUGUUUAUAAAGCCGAGAUAUCAGAAGGACAAACGUUUGCUGUCAAGCACAAUCUCGUCAUCCCAGGAAGAUACUAAGAUGGUUGAUUUGGUACCAUUUGAAAGGGAAAUUCAAGCAUUGACAAAUAUACGCCAUCGCAACAUCGUGAAAUUUUAUGGCUUCUGCUCUCAUGCACAACGUUGCUUUUUGGUGUAUGAGUACUUGGAAAGAGGAAGCUUGAGAACAACUUUGAACGACGAUCAAAAAACAUUAGAAUUUCGAUGGGGCGAGAGGAUAAAUAUGGUCCGAGGAGUUGCGGAUGCAUUGUCCUAUAUGCAUCAUGAAUGUUCUCCUCCGUUGAUUCAUCGAGACUUGACCAGUAACAACGUUCUAUUGGACCGUGAUUACGAGGCUCAUGUUUCCGAUUUUGGCACCGCAAGACUGUUGAGGCCGGAUUCAUCAAACUGGACAGCAAUUGUUGGUACCAUUGGGUAUAUUGCUCCAGAGUUGGCUUAUUCUAUAAUUCCUACCGAAAAGUGCGAUGUGUACAGUUUUGGAAUUGUCGCAUUAGAGACGAUCAUGGGAAAACAUCCGGGAGAUCAUAUUUCUUGGGAAUGUUCAUCGUCCGCCCAAACUGAGUCAAUGAUGUUAAAGGACGUGCUGGAUUAA